CAUUGAGUUUUCUGUUUUGCUCUGAUUUCAAGCUUUUUUUAAUGGCUGCCAUUCUCUUAAUAUUUCUUCUUAUGCUAUCGUUUCCUUCAAUGAAUGCCGGUUCGCCGCCGUCGCCGGGAUACUGGCCGAGCACUAAAUUCCGGCCGAUGAGCUUUCAUUAUGCGUUUAAAAGCCUUUGGGGUUUUAGCCAUCAAAGUGUAGAUCAAAACGCAUUAACAAUCUGGCUCGAUAGAACUUCAGGAAGCGGGUUCAAGUCGGAUCGCCCAUUUCGUUCGGGUUAUUUUGGUGCCUCUAUUAAAGUUCAUCCUGGUUACACUGCAGGGGUCAUUACAGCUUUCUAUCUAUCAAACAGUGAAGUUCAUCCGGGAUUCCAUGACGAAGUGGACAUUGAAUUCCUCGGAACCACAUUCGGGAAACCUUAUACUUUGCAGACAAAUGUGUAUAUCAGAGGGAGUGGAGAUGGCGAAAUCAUCGGAAGGGAAAUGAAAUUUCAUCUUUGGUUUGAUCCUACCCAAGAUUUUCAUCACUACGCCAUUUUUUGGAGUCCUAAGGAAAUCAUAUUCCUAGUAGAUGAUGUGCCUAUAAGAAGGUACCAAAGGAAAAGUGAUGCAACAUUCCCUUUAAGGCCAAUGUGGUUAUAUGGUUCAAUAUGGGAUGCUUCAUCAUGGGCAACUGAAGAUGGCAAAUAUAAAGCUGAUUACAAUUACCAACCCUUUGUUGCAAAGUUCACCGGUUUCAAAGCUGGCGGUUGCUCGGCUUACUCGUCACCUCGGUGUCGGCCGGUCUCUGCCUCGCCUCAUCGAUCCGGCAGGUUAACCAUGCAACAAUAUAAAGCAAUGAAAUGGGUUCAAAGGUACCAUUUGGUCUAUGAUUAUUGCAAGGACCCCAAAAGGAACCAUGCCUUAACCCCAGAGUGUUGGAAUUAGCUUUUGAAAUGAACUUAAGUGAUAGCUUUGUGGGAAAAAUAUAUAGAAAAAAAAUAUAAAAAUAAAAGAUAAAAAGGAGAUUAGAAAUGGGAAUCAUUUGGUUUUUGUGUGUGUUGUUUUAAUUUUCAUUUUUCUUAAUAAAUGUAAAAGUUCGUUUUUGGGUUUUAAAAAUUUCUUUGUAUUAUAAUAAAAUUACGGUAAAUUUAUUUGGUAGGUCCGUUUAUUUUAAGGA